AUGGAUUACGAGGCUUUGAAGGAGCAGUGGAGCGAGGUAGAGGAUCGCGAUGGCGUCCGCCUCAGCUGGAACGUCUUCCCAAGCUCGCGCAUGGAAGCUUCCCGCCUGGUCGUGCCCAUCGGAGCUCUCUACACCCCGCUGAAGGAGAAGCCCGACACGCCGCUCCUCCAGUUCGAGCCUGUCACUUGCAAGCAGCCUUGCCGUUCAGUAUUGAACCCCUUCUGCCAGGUCGAUGUCCGCGCGAGGCUAUGGAUUUGCCCUUUCUGCCUCUCUAGGAACCCUCUUCCUCCCCAUUACAAGGACAUCACUGCCAAUGCGAUCCCGCCCGAGCUGCACCCAUCGAAUACCACCAUCGAGUACCGACUUUCGCGACCCGCCCCAAGCCCUCCUAUUUUCCUCUAUGUCGUGGACACUUGCCAGGAGGAAGACAGCUUGACUGCUCUCAAGGAGUCUCUGGUCAUGAGCCUGAGCCUCCUGCCGGCCAAUGCUCUUGUCGGACUGAUCACCUAUGGCACUAUGGCACAAGUUCAUGAGAUCGGUUACACUGAGUGCGCCAAGUCAUAUGUUUUCCGUGGUAGCAAAGAAUACUCUGCCAAGCAGGUCCAGGAGAUGCUUGGACUCACCCAACCUGCUCUGCGACCUGGCAUGCAGCCCAUGCCUGGCCGGCCAAUGCCCAUGGGUCCGGCAGCCCGCUUCCUCCUUCCCAUCGAACAAUGCGAGUUCCAGCUAACUAAGGCUCUGGAGCAACUUCAGAAGGAUCCAUGGCCUGUUGCCAACGACCGGAGAAACCUGCGAUGCACUGGUGUAGCUUUGAGCGUUGCCGUUGGUCUCCUUGAGUCCUCCUUCCAGAACGCCGGAGGCCGCAUUAUGCUCUUCGCUGGAGGUCCGGCAACUGAGGGGCCUGGAAUGGUUGUUGGUCCUGAGCUGAGAGAACCCAUGCGAUCUCACCACGACAUCGACAGAGACAACAUCAAGUAUUACAAGAAAGCGCUGAAGUUCUACGACAACCUUGCAAAGAGGACUGCUCAUAACGGUCACAUCAUAGAUAUUUUCGCUGGUUGCUUGGAUCAAGUUGGUCUUCUUGAGAUGAAGGGUCUGUGCAAUUCCACCGGCGGCCACAUGAUCCUGACGGAUAGUUUCACAUCAUCUAUGUUCAAGCAGUCAUUUGUUCGUGUUUUCGAGAAGGAUGAGGAUGACAAUCUGCUCAUGGGCUUCAACGCUGUUCUGGAAGUUCUUACCACCAAGGAACUAAAGGUAACAGGGUUGAUUGGCCAUGCUGUCUCCCUUAAUAAGAAGUCGACGUCGGUAGGCGAGACCGAAUGUGGUAUUGGCAACACAUGCUCUUGGAAGAUGUGUGGCAUUGACCCUAGUGCCAGCUAUGGUAUCUAUUUCGAAAUCGCCAGCCAGGGCGGGCCGUCUCAGCAUCAGCAGACCCCCCAAAAGGGAAUGAUGCAGUUUCUCACUUAUUAUCAGCACUCAUCUGGCCAAUUCCAUCUCCGCGUAACUACGAUUGCCAGAAACCUCAGCGGUCCGGCUGGUGACCCGGCUAUCGCUCAGUCUUUCGACCAGGAAGCUGCUGCGGUUCUCAUGUCGCGAAUCGCAGUGUUCAAAGCGGAGGUUGAUGAUGGUCCAGAUGUGUUGCGCUGGGUUGAUAGGAUGCUCAUCAGGCUAUGUUCAAGAUUCGCGGACUACCGGAAGGAUGAUCCGUCCUCAUUCCGUCUGGAGAAGAACUUCACUCUUUACCCUCAGUUUAUGUUCCACCUUCGGAGAAGUCAGUUCUUGCAAGUCUUCAACAAUUCUCCCGAUGAGACUGCCUUCUAUCGCCACGUCUUAAACCACGAGGAUGUCAGCAACUCGCUGAUCAUGAUACAACCUACCUUGGACUCAUACACUUUUGAUCAGGAAGGCGGUCAGCCCGUCCUGCUUGAUUCGACCUCUAUCCAGCCAACUCACAUCCUGCUUCUCGAUACCUUCUUCCACAUUCUCAUUUUCCACGGCGAGACCGUUGCUGAGUGGAGAAAGGCGGGUUAUCAGGAGCAAGAGGGUUACGAGAACUUUGCGUCGCUACUUGAGCAACCCAAAGAGGACGCCAGAGAUCUUAUUACUGAUCGAUUUCCUCUGCCACGUUUCAUUGUCUGCGAUGCAGGUGGAUCUCAAGCUCGAUUCCUGCUUUCCAAGCUGAACCCCUCGACUACACACACUACGGGUGCGUAUGGCGGAGUCGGAGCCCAGACUGCUCAGACUAUCUUCACGGAUGAUGUGUCACUGCAGACAUUCAUGGAUCACUUAAUGAAAUUGGCUGUGAGUGGAACAAGCUAG